AUGACAUCUUACCUUCAGAAAGAAAGGAUCCCAGACCAGUGGAAGACCUCGCGAACCGUUCUUAUACAUAAGAAAGGUGACCGAGAGGACCUUCGGAACUACCGUCCGAUAUGCUUGCUGAGCGUGUUAUACAAAGUAUUCACCAAGAUCAUCCUCACGCGCAUAUCUAGGACGCUGGAUGAAGCACAGCCUCAAGAACAAGCUGGAUUCCGCCAGGGGUUCAGCUGCUUGGAGCACAUCCAGACCGAGUCGAGGGUCAUAGAGGUUUGCCGGGAAUAUCGCCUGUCUCUUCUCCUAACCUUCUUCGACUAUGAGAAAACCUUCUACAGCGUAGAAACGAAUGCAAUACUGUACGCUGGUUAA